AGAAUGCCCCUAAAAACAAAACCAGGAAAACAUAGUAGCUGUAGUGUCCACUUUUCUACUUUUGGAAAAAAGCCCUUACCUCAGUAGUACAGUCCGGCCCAACAUAUGCCUAUUAACCCGGGAGGAAGGGUAAGCUUGCAAGAAGGAUGAGCCUUCCGUCAAGAAUUGCAGUGACACUUCCUUUGGUCAACGCUCGACUUCUGCCUUCCUUCUCUCCCAUUACGAGAGGCUUUCCCAUUACUGGGUUCGUCUCAUUCUCGAGCAAGUUUACAAGUUUCAGACGUAAUUUUCCCAAGAAAAUGUCUUGGAAUUGUGAUAAAAAUGAUGUGACUGUUGAGAACAAAUGUGGGGUUGUUCUUCCAGCCUCCGAAUCUUAUCUCGAAGAAGCUUGUGAAGCUCUUAGAGCUGGCAAGGUCAUUGCUGUGCCCACCGAUACCCUCUAUGGAUUCGCCUGUGAUGCUUGUUCUUUGGAAGCAGUUAACAGGAUUUAUGAGAUUAAGGGGCGUAAACACACAAGUCCUCUUGCAAUAUGUGUUGGGGAUGUGUUAGAAAUUAAACGCUUUGCCAACACCGAGCACUUGCCUAAUGGCUUACUCGAGUCUCUCCUUCCAGGACCUGUCACUGUUGUACUAAAGCGAGGAGAGUCGAGCAUUCUUGAGAAGUCUUUAAAUCCAGGGUUGGACAGUAUAGGAGUCCGAGUGCCAGACUAUGACUUCAUCAGGGUCGUUGCUCAUGGAUUGGGGAGUGCACUGGCUCUUACAAGUGCAAAUCCAAGCGGGCAGCCUAGUAGUGUUAGCAUCAAAGAUUUUGAGAAUCUCUGGGAACAUUGUGCCUAUGUUUAUGAUGGUGGUGAGCUGCCUUCAGGUAGAGCAGGCUCAACAGUUGUGGACCUCACCAAAAUCGGGAAGUACAAGAUUCUUAGACCUGGAAGUGCUGAGGCUGAGACAGUUGCAAUCCUUAAAAGACAUUCUUUAGAGGAAGAAACAACAGCUACUUGAAGUAACUUUCUGGUCAUAUAGAUUUUUUUAUUAUUAUUAUUGAUAGCAUAGGCCAAAUGAAUUAUAAAAUUGGCAUUGGUUGAACCAAUCACCAAGGCUACCAAAUUGAAGUUAAAUUUAUUAUAAAUCCCCAAAAAUUGUGCCGAAUAUGCUUUUUGUUAAAACGAUUUUGGUUUAGUCUGUGCUCAUCGGCCUGUUUGUGCCAAUAGUCCAUGCGCAAAUAGUUGUUAUGGUCUUCCCACUCCAGUGUCGAGUUGGUUUCGGCUGAAGAUGGCCUUUAAUGGAGAAAGUCAGAGUACUAGGCACCUAGACUUCAUUCAAUUUCUACCUUAGGAUGUUUGGUUUUCAUCUCUAAAUCGUGUAUUAGGUAGAUAAUUAAUGGUGCUCCUACACUGAGCUCCUCAUAAUUUCUUCAAAUUU